AGCAGAGUAGGUUUUAGGAACCAUGCAUAGCGAGGAGGCAUGGGAGUGCCCUUCAGUGCCCGAAUCGCCUACGAAAGUGCAUCCAGAAACAGGAAACUUGGAAGUGCCUACAGGGCCUACAAGCUUCGAAGUGCCUGUGAACUUGCCUGGAAGUGUCCACAGUGUCCUCGUGCAUGAUGGUACAGAUGCUAAAGAUAAAAAAAAAUCGAAAGGGCCCGUAGAUCCUGGCGGCAAAGUUUGCACGGUCGUGGUUGCAAACGACUUGCCAGCAGCACUCGAAAUUAAAUUCGCUGAAGAGGCGAAGGUUCUUUACCCGAAAAGAUACCACAAAUUUCGUACCGCUGUAACUCGAGACUCUGUCAUGCAGAUUUGUUUGCGCGACAAUCCCAAGAUCUCUGGCAGCUGUCAAGUAAGUGGUGCCUUGACACUGCAUGCAUCGAAGUCCUUUGGGUAUUUCGGUGUUGAAGCCAGGCAUUUCCUGGAAAACGAGAAGAAGCAGGUUCAAAGGGAGCGGUGCCUGCUGCUUGACCGAAAGAAGCAGAUGGAAAAGGAACUUGCAAUAGAAAGACGUGAGCACGUCCUUUGGUACUUUCCAUUCAUUGUUUUGUGCACGUUGCUCGGCAUCGGACUUCUCGCACUUUGCAUCGUUGUUGAGCCUCAGGGUCCGGUCUCUUCUGUGGGCCUGAGCUCGGCAGUGGUCGUGCUGCUUUGCUGUUUGGGGCUUUGUGGUAGCAAUUUUCAGAUUUUUGGUGCGCGCUUCAACAGUGGUCUUUUGAAGUGGCUUGCCUUUCAUGCUGGCUCUGCAUUCUUCUUCCUGGCAGCGCUUGGAGCGGCUGCUGCCAUUGCUCGUUACAUAUUUGCAGGAUACUGGUGGGCAGGGCUGUCUGCUGGGCUGCCGUGUUGUUGCAUUUCCGGCUUGAUGGGCCUCUACUUUUCUCGUACAUCCCUGGAGGAAAACAUCAAGCGUGAAGAGGAUGAUGACAAGCAAAGCGUUGCCGAACGCACCAUUGUCUUCCACGGCUCCAUCCUUGAGGGUAAGGGCCCAUGUGUUUCCUCAUGGCCUGGGAAGUACGAAUCUGCUUGGGAUGUCCUGGUCACAGGAAGCCGCAAAGGCAAUGUCAGCGCCGCUGUGGUCUUUCUGCCAGAAGGCUCUGAACAUUUCGGCUGCCAUGACCCAAUCCCAGAGGAGGAAAACCUUGAGGGCAGCUGCUGGUGCAUUCCCGUCUAUGGGGAGCAGAAGCGCUGGGGGUGCCGCUGGUGGACCAAGUGGAUGAACAACAUCGAGGAAGCUGUUCGACAAGGUGCCGAAUUGGAAGUCUAUUUCUUUGCAGGGAUGGUGGGAAAAGGCAAAGUUGAGAAUUUCUCGAUGGCUGGCAAAGAGCACCUGAGGCGAGAAGCCAUUCAAGGCAAGUUGAAACAGUUCCUGAAGUCUUCAGAGUUUCAAGCCAUUGAUCGUGGCAUUGAAUGCCUUUGGAAAGAGCCUCGUUCAGACGGUUCUUCUCAGUAUUCAAGGGAGGUUCAUCGGCUUUUCUUGGCUUCGCUCUCCGAGGAGGAUCGCAAGCUCCUUCAGGCAUCCGAAGGCCUUGGAAAUUCCCAGAAGGCCGAGGUGGCAUGGCUGGAGAGGAAGGGCUUUGCUUACACCGAAAGAGAUGUGUCUGCUUGGCUUGCGUAGGCGCAAGUGAAUGUAAAGGAAUUCGGGCGGCCACUCGAAGUGGGCAAUUGGCAAAGCCGUUCGCCUGCCGAGUAUCACAGACUACUCUGGUCUUGUACCAAUUUGUUUGAUUACAAGUAUAGAAUGCUUCCGAACAAAACCUCGAGCUGGUGAUAAGGGACUGUGCACGGACAGCCUCAAUAGCCGCCAUAGCCUCAUGUGAAAGAUUCUAGUCGAGUACCGGGUCUAAUGGAAGCACAAAAA